AUGGAGGCAUGCACAAGUAAGAGCUCGCUGCUGCUUCAUUCGCCGUUGCGAACGAUCCCAAAACUCCGACUAUGUGCAACUAUCAGUAGUGAAGACGUUGCAUACGGAAGAUGUAAUCUCACGGAUCAACAUCUUCAAAUCGAAGGAAAAAACUAUUCGAAGACAACAUUUGAUCACAUCUUCAGAACAGAUGCCACACAAGAUGAUAUGUACUCAGCAUUCCUUUCCGAUACCAUCAAUUCAGUUUUCGCUGGAAAUGAUGCUACCGUAUUGGCUAUGGGUGCAAAGGCAAAUGGAAAAGAUGAACGAUUGUACGGGAACAGUGUUUCAAGAAACGGGUUAGUCCAGAUGGCGAUUACUCAAUUGAUGAGUGCUCUUGAUGAGAAUAAAGACCCAGAAGAACGGAUUCAGGUCCGAAUGUCUGCAAUUAUGGUGUCACAAAAAGACUCUUCGAUUGUUGAUUUAUUGAGUCCAUUCAACCCAGAUCCACGUCAUCGAGUGGUCAAAAUAGUGGAUGAUGCGAAAACUGGAGUAUUUAUUGACAAUGAGAGUGAAAUUCGUGUAGAGUCGAUUGAUCAAGCACUGUUUUACCUGAAUACUGCAGUGGAUCACAGAUUGAUUCAAGACGAGCAAUCCCAUCGAACGAGUCACGUGUUCAUAUCAUUGAGUCUUUAUUCCUAUAAAAUGGGUGACAAAAUGCAAGGAGGACGUCGUCGAUUAUGCUUCUUGGAUAUGGGUAUUGGAGAGAGAAAUUCAACAAACGGAGGGAUGACAAUGCCAGCAUUGGGAAGUAUUCUGUUGGCAAUGGUACAGAGGAAUAAACAUAUUCCAUCGAGGGACUCUUCGGUGUGUCAACUCAUUCGAUGUGCAUUGAGCACGUCAAGAUUCACAACGUUCGUUUUUUCAUUUGGAUCCAAGAACGACGAUAACGAAAACAUUGCUCAUUUGGCUUGUAAGAUUGCAAGAACGAGAGCGAAGAGUGUGAUGGGACACGGACGAAAAACUUCUGGAACAUUUACCUCUGGAACAAUGGAUUCAAAUGCUUCAUCCUCAUCAUGCGGAACGACUACAAUCACACCAGGAGGAACUCCUCGAACACAGAGAAGAUUCGAAUUAGAAUCAGGUUCAGAACUGAGUGCAGCUGAAACAGUCAUAUUUCUGGGACCAAGUUGUUCAAGAACUGCGUCACCAGCAUCCACAACAAUUCCAUCCACACCAACAUCAAUCCGUCCACUCCAUCGGACGACUCGGAAUCACAGCGGUCCGGAGCCGUUGAGCAAACCUCUGAGUGUCGAGACAAAGUCUUCACCAACACACAACUGUCACGACGGUUGUAUUCACUCGAUCCCGCCCAUGCUUCGUGGGCACACUCCAUUCCUAUCACCUCAUCUAAAACUGUACGACGAGCUGUGCUCCCCUCCGAGUUCUUCUUGCACAUCACCUGUUCCUCCGGCUGCAUUCGGUGGAAAGACUGCAGAGAGGCGUGACGACUUCGGAAUCAUGAUUGCUCAACCAAGUAUCCCACUAAUGAAGGCUAAAUCCAGGUACAACUUGGACGAUGGUAAAAUGAAGCAGAUCAUGCAAUGGAUGGAAACAUCUGAAGCUCCGCCAAUUCUGUUCUCCUCCCCAUGCUAUGAAAACUCUGCUACAAGUGUAGAAGAACUCCGUGAAUGUGUUGGAAUACUGUCUCAUCCUCUUGAAGAUAUAAUUGAACAAGAAGAGGAAUCCAUGAGAACGUCUACGGUAACAACGGGCGGUUCAAAGAAAGAUCAUCCAUUGAGAAUUCUGAGCAAACAAGACUUGAACAUCGACCCGGAGAUGAAAGAUAAACAAGACGAAACUGAACUAGAACUCGUGAUGGCUGCUUCACUCUCUUCAAUGCGUUCUCACGAUAUUCUUGCCAAGCUGGAAGCGAUGAGAAUGGCUCAGAAUGGAAAUAUUGGAACAUCUCAAUCGAACACAGAUAUGGAUAUAUCUGAAAUGGAUGUUUAUAGAAGAGCGAGUCAUUUGGAAGAGUAUGCGAUGCAGAGAGUCAGAGAAAUUGAGGAUAAUAAGAUGAAGAAUAAGAAGAAAGUGAAGUUGGGAUUGAAUUGUUGCCAGCAACAAAGUAUGAUUUCUUCUGGAAGUACAGUAGUCGAUUGGAGUCAGAUUGAGAAAAAGAAAGAAAGAGAACGUGAAGUCAUUGAAGAAGAAAAACGUAAGGAGAUUCUUAGAGAACGAAGAGCAAAACUCAAAAUCACGGAACUCGAGAUUAAAAGAGAAAGAAAUCUCAUUGACAAGGAACUUGACGACAAAAAGGGAAUUGCCAACUCAAUUGCCCGUCAACUCCAACACUUUUCGUUGUCACCUUGUCGCGGUGGGCGAACUCAUCGAUCAGUGUCAACUCAUCGCAUUGACCCACCUAAUGCUUCUCUUCCAUCUACCCCAACCAUGUCUCAUAAGAAGCCGAUUGGAGGAAGUCUCGCGAAACUCAGUGCUUCUGGAGCAUCUGGAUCUGGACCUCCAUCAUCUCCGGCUCUCGGAUAUCAUCAGAGUUUACCAAGACACUCGAAGCUUCCAACUGCUGUGAAUGGAAGACGUGCUUCUGCGGAAAGAGAACGAAAAUCGAACAAGUCUUCGAGAAAUUCAAGUUCAAAAGAAAGAAGAUCAAGUGGAAGCAAAGAAGAGUUGCAAUGGAGAAGUCCUUAUGCUCAAAUGACUUCUCCAAAAGCUUAUGGAGGGCCAGGAACGUCAUCUUCUGGAAGAGGAUCGAGUGCUCCUGGGUCUGAUUUUGAGACUCCAGUUGUAUCGACAACUGAGAAGUCUACAAAUGGAACAAUGCCAAGGUCGAAGAGACAAAGUUAUUCGGCAUCAUCCGGAUACGAGUCUGCCAACGAUUAUCAUAUUUAUGCAACGACGAACAAGAAAGCAAAUAUUCUUGACAAGAAGCGAAACGAAGAGAAGCUUUCACUGGUUCGACAGGCGGACGAGAUCCGCCAUCGACAGUGGCAAUUGAAAAAAGAGCUCGAAGAAGCGAAACGAGCGAUUGGACAAGAAGAUGAUGCAAAAAUGAUUGCAAACUCGAGUGAUCAACGACUGAACGGGUUGAGUCGAACGACAAUGAUCGAUGCGAUGCUUCAAGAGAAUCGAAUUCUUGAAAAGAGACUUGUAGCGUGUCGAAAUCAUUCAAUGCUUGUUACCACUUUUAUCUAG